AUGAGGAGAGCAUGGUGUUCUUGCAGAGCCCAGGUGCGUCGUAGCUUCGCCUUCGGUUGGGACCGAACGGUUCGACCCGAGCCGGUUUUCAUCGGUUUUGGCCGGUUCGUUCCGAGUUUAACCGGUUCAUUCCGGUUCUUGACCUUGAACGGUCCUAUCUUUGGACCGGACCGAUAUAGGGUUCGGUUUACCGAUUUUCCGGUUGAACCGGCCGGUCCGACGGAGUCUCACUUCCCUCACCCCUUCCAGUCUCGCGUCCUCUGGUUCAUCACUGUUGUCUUCACAGGUGUGGGCAUCCCUUUCUACUUUUCUCUGUCUGCACCCACUCGUGCUUCUUGCCUUUGGUUCACCAUCUACCUUUGCUCUGCCUCUGCCUAUCCUGGUUUAUCGUCACCCUCGUCGUCGUCGUGCUUGGGCUGGCCGUCUGCCUCUCCUUCUCCUCUGAAUCUACUUCUACCUGUGCCAGAAAGCUUUGGGUCCUGUGUAUUGUAUUCAGUCCAAAAAUUUCUUGUGGAAAGAAUAAGCUCUGUGUUCUGGGCAGACUUGCAGCUGUUGCUUUUGCUGGCCGUGUUUUUGACGGCACCGUGGCUCACUCUCCACCAUCAUCGAUCAUCUCACCCGCGCCGCUCACUGCAUCAUUCCUCUCUUCUUCGACGUUUCUCACUCAUCUCUUCCUCGCAGCAUCACUCAUCGUUCAUCGCCGCCUCGCUGCUUGGGUCCGUCGCCACCUCUGUUCCUCCUUCGUGUGUUCACCCAGCAGGGGUAGCAAAGUGGAAUUGUCCAAGAAAGGAAAAUAGCUCAACAGCAUUGAAUAUGGCCAUCUCGGAACCCAGCGCCGGAGAAUUCUUCCCAGAGAAGAAGAACGUCAGAAACCCUUUAGUCCCCGUUGGUGCCUUUAUUACUGCUGGUGUGUUAACGGCUGGCUUGAUCAGUUUUAGACGAGGUAACUCUCAUUUAGGGCAGAAGCUAAUGAGGGCUCGUGUGGUGGUCCAAGGCGCGACGGUGGCUCUUAUGGUUGGCACUGCCUAUUAUUAUGGAAAUAAUCCUUGGCAGAGUGACCACAAAAAGGAAAAAGUUUAAACAUUGGAAUUGCUUGGUUUCUUGUUGGUUCGGUUUUUGUUUUGUGAGAUGUGGAGUUUGGUCAUUUGGGGACCAAAAUCCUUCCCGAUUUCAUCUUACUCAGAAACUUCUCGCAACCCAUUACAGUUGAAUUAUCAUGAAUGUUCUUUGGUAUAUUAUAUUUCUUAACUAAUAAGACGAGCGAUUCUCAA